AUUGGCCGCGGCUGAGCGGGUGGAACUGCAGUUCCGAGCGCCCUUCGGCUCCUCUAGGGAGAAGGUCCCGACUUGGCAGCUUCGGGAGAGCUGGCGCGACGCCCAGAGGCUGCCCAGCAGGUCGGGACUGAGCCCACAGGGUCCAGAGCUCCUCGAUCUCCCAGCUACUCACUCUCGCACCCGUUCCGUGGCCGUCUCGUGAGGCGCGCACUCACACUCCCUCUCCGCGCACGGCUCCGGGGCGCGAUGGAAGCGACACUGCUUCAGAGCCUAGUGGAGGCGAACUGCAGCCUGGCGCUGGCCGAAGAACUGCUCUUGGACGGCUGGGGGCUGCCCCUGGACCCGGAGGGUCCCUACUCUUACUGCAACACGACCUUGGAUCAGAUCGGGACGUGCUGGCCCCAGAGCGCGGCCGGAGCCCUGGUGGAGAGGCCGUGCCCCGAGUACUUCAACGGUGUCAAGUACAACACAACCCGAAAUGCCUACCGAGAGUGCUUAGAGAAUGGAACAUGGGCCUCACGGAUCAACUACUCACAGUGUGAACCCAUUUUGGAUGAUAAGCAGAGGAAGUAUGACCUGCAGUACCGCAUCGCCCUGGUUGUCAACUACCUGGGCCACUGUAUUUCCCUAGCUGCCCUUGUUGCUGCCUUCCUGCUCUUCCUAGCCCUGCGGAGUAUCCACUGUCUGCGGAAUGUGAUUCACUGGAACCUCAUCACCACAUUCAUCCUGCGAACUGUCAUGUGGUUCCUGCUGCAGCUCAUCGACCACGAAGUGCAUGAGAGCAAUGAGGUCUGGUGUCGCUGCAUCACCACCAUCUUCAACUACUUCGUGGUGACCAACUUCUUCUGGAUGUUCGUUGAGGGCUGCUACCUGCACACAGCCAUUGUCAUGACCUACUCCACCGAGCACCUGCGCAAGUGGCUUUUCCUCUUCAUCGGAUGGUGCAUCCCCUGCCCCAUCAUCAUUGUCUGGGCCAUUGGAAAACUCUACUAUGAGAAUGAACAAUGCUGGUUUGGCAAGGAGCCCGGUGACCUGGUGGACUACAUCUACCAAGGCCCCAUCAUCCUUGUGCUCCUGAUCAAUUUUGUAUUUCUGUUCAACAUUGUCAGAAUCUUAAUGACAAAAUUACGAGCAUCCACCACAUCUGAGACGAUCCAGUACAGGAAGGCGGUGAAGGCCACCCUGGUUCUCCUGCCCCUUCUGGGCAUCACCUACAUGCUCUUCUUUGUCAAUCCUGGGGAGGACGACCUGUCACAGAUCGUGUUCAUCUAUUUCAACUCCUUCUUGCAGUCCUUCCAGGGUUUCUUUGUGUCUGUCUUCUAUUGCUUCUUCAAUGGAGAGGUGUGCUCAGCCGUGAGGAAGAAGUGGCACCGCUGGCAGGACCAUCACUCCCUGCGAGUCCCUGUGGCCCGGGCCAUGUCCAUCCCCACAUCGCCCACACGGAUCAGCUUCCACAGCAUCAAGCAGACAGCCGCAGUGUGACCCCUUGUGUGCCCAUGCCCUGUCAUUCCUCCACCAUCU